CGUGCGCUGGGCCGGCGUCUCCCAGCGAUGAGCCUCACCCGCAACUCCUGGAUCUCUUUCCCCCCUGUCUCUCCCUCUGACUAAACCGAAGAGCCGAAUUCAACCAUGAGGUUCCUGGACCUGCUUCUCGGCGCCGUGGCCGCGAGUUCGGCGCUGGCCGCCCCGGCCGGCGAGGACAAGAAGAAGCGGGCUUCCAAGUUCGAGUUCGUUGGCGUCAACGAAUCCGGCGGCGAGUUCGGCAACACGGCCUUCCCAGGCCGCCUGGGCAAGGACUACACCUGGCCUGUUGAGGCUACCAUUGACACUAUGAUCAGCCAGGGCUUCAACACCUUCCGCAUUGCCUUCAUGAUGGAGCGCCUUAUUCCCGACCAGCUGACCGGCACCGUCAAUGCGACCUAUCAGGAAGGUCUAAGCCAGAUUGUCAGCUAUGUCACCAGCAAGGGUGCCUAUGCCAUCGUCGACCCCCACAACUUCGGCCGGUACUACGGCAAUAUCAUCACCGACACGUCCGGCUUCCAGGCCUGGUGGAAGACCACGGCGGCGCUGUUCGCCUCGGACGACAAGGUCAUCUUCGACACCAACAACGAGUACCACGACAUGGACAACUCGCUCGUUGCCCAGCUCAACCAGGCCGCAAUCGACGGCAUCCGUGCCGCCGGCGCCACCGAGCAGUGGAUCUUUGUUGAGGGCAACUCGUGGAGCGGCGCCUGGACCUGGGUCUCAAGCGGCAACUCCGACUCCCUCGUCAACCUUAAAGACCCCUCGGACAAGAUCAUCUACGAGAUGCACCAAUACCUCGACGCCGACGGCUCGGGCACGCACACGGACUGCGUCUCGUCGACGAUCGGUUCCGAGCGCCUCGCGGCGGCGACGGCGUGGCUCAAGUCGAGCGGCAAGCGGGCCGUGCUCGGCGAGACGGCCGGCGGCAGCAACUCGCAGUGCAUCGCGGCCCUCAAGGACAUGCUCACCCACAUGGAGGCCAACUCGGACGUCUGGACUGGCUGGCUCUGGUGGGGCGGCGGGCCGUGGUGGGCCGACUACAUGUACAGCAUGGAGCCGCCCAGCGGUACCGCGUACGUGGGCGUCUUGCCCAGCCUGAAGGACUUUAUCUAAGGUUCCCUUCUUGACGUGGGGGGCGGGGUUGUCGGCCUUGAGGGCUGAACGAAGAGGGGAUGCGUGGGAUGUUUUCGCACCAUCCCGAAAAAUUGUAAAUAACUGUCUUCUGUUUCGUGUUGGAUAUUCUUAAGCGGCGAUAGUUUGUAGCAGGUGAACAUGAAGAAAACAGGAG